CAAUACUUUUUGUACCGUUUAUCGCGUGACUUUGAUUAAUUUCUACUACGUUUCAAUCUAUAUUCGUCUUUCCCGAUAUUUUUUCUUUCUCUGUCGUAAUUUUCAAGUGCAUUUGCAAUUUAUUUUGACUCUUUCUAUUCUCUUGUUUAGACAAUAAAUGAACGGUAAAUAUUUUUGAAGUUAGCUGCAAUUGAGUCAAGAGUUGCCGGUAGAAGGUGAUUUUGUAAUUGAAACAUUGAAAAGAAAAAACUUCUAUUCUUUCAAGCUAUUUUUCAUUACUACGCCAUUGGAACGUAUUGUUUAAUUCUUGUUGUAUUAUGCAAAUAUUUACAAGAUUUAAAGCUGUACAUUUAAGACAUGUACGGUACCUUAAAGUUUAAUAUGGCUAACACAUAGCAUACUGUACCUGAAAUUGUACACACAACUUGCAACCCUGCAUACGUAAUUGGAAAUUCACAUUGACAGAUAAUCAAGUACAACAAACUUAAAUUUUUGUUCUUUCUUUCCGGAAUAGGAUUUUGUGAGGUGUGCUUGUUCUCGACUUCGAGCUAAGGCCAAAUUUUUAAAUAAAAAUCUAAUUUUUUGGCGACUUGCACCAAUAUUAAUAAUUUAAAUACUUUAUAACCAUGUCUACAAAAGCUGAACUUGCUUGCGUUUACGCUGCUCUCGUUUUGGUUGAUGAUGAUAUUGCUGUUACUGGCGAGAAAAUCUCAACCAUCUUGAAGGCCGCCAAUGUUGAAGUUGAACCUUACUGGCCCGGUUUGUUCGCCAAGGCUUUGGAAGGUAUCAACGUCAAGGACUUGAUCACCAACAUUGGAUCCGGAGUCGGUGCUGCUGCCCCAGCUGGUGGUGCUGCCGCUGCUGGUGGAGAUGCUGCUCCAGCUGAGGCCAAAAAGGAAGAGAAGAAGAAGGAGGAAGAACCAGAGGAAUCCGACGAUGACAUGGGCUUCGGUCUCUUCGAUUAAGUCUAAACGUUUUAUAGUUUUUAUUAAAACUUUUAAUGUGUCCUAUUGACGAAGUAUAAAAGAAAUUUUGUAUACUACGUAUACAAAACGUGA